CCCUCGCUGCCUGCAGGGAGUAACUGCCUGUGCCUGUCAUUGUCUUACAGAAACUGCAGCCGACAAUGAAGUCCGUGGUGGUGAUGAUGUGCCUCCUGGGUGUGAGCCUCUGCCUGCCGGUGCAAGAGAAGUUGCAUAGAGAAGCGAGACCUUCAAGUGUAGAAGUGCUAAAGAAGCUCCAUAGAGAAGCGCGCUCUUCAAGUGGAGAGAGAUACAGGAUGCCGCCGAUGUUCUAUCCAAACCCGUAUCCUCCUAUGGCUCCUCCAAUGGCUCCUCCUAUGGCUCCUCCUUACCUUCCUCCUGCCUACAUGCCAUCAGCACCAGUUUCUCCAAGUCUGUCCCUGCUGGAAUUGCUGGCUCUGCUCCUGCCUGCAUAGAUGUUUCUCCCACACUAGCAGGCUCUUUGUGCCUUUAUGCUUUUUAUAGAUUUGUAGAUUUGUUUCUUUUUGCACGCAAUAAAAUGACAUUGCCAUGUU